GGCCAUUCUCCUGCUUCACUCCCUUCUCCUCCAUGAAUUUUCCUUUAAGAAAUGAUGCCAGUACAUUGCUCCUUGUCUUUUAUCAUCUUCCUUUGCCUCGUUGAAUUGAAAAGAACUGGCGUCGACCUCGAAGUUUAUACGAUCACCGACGUCUGCACCCGUUGCACACAACACAGCCCUCGAUAUUCGUCAAAAUGGUCUAUCCGCAGGCGGUGGCCAUUCCUUUCAUAUCCAUUAUUGGCAUUUGCAUCAUUAUAGUUCCCCUGAUCCUGCACAUCAAGAACAAAAACUAUCCGUCCGCCAGCAUACUCGUCUGGUUCGUCUUACUCAACCUCUUCAACAUCAUCAAUGCCUUCAUUUGGUCAAGCGAUGAUACCGACACAUGGUGGGAUGGCACUGGUCUCUGCGACUUUGAAGUCAAGAUCAUGAUUGCCAGUUACGUCGCGGUCCCCGGAGGGCUGCUGUGCGUGUUCCGCAGUCUGGCUCGGGUGUUGGAUACCAGGUGUGCCGCCCUGGUUCCUGAUAAGAAGCAGCGCUGGCGCAAUCGUGGCAUGGAGAUACUAUUCUGUGUUGUGGUUCCGCUUCUUUCGAUGGUUACCCACAUCUUCUACCAGAAGAGUCGGUACAUGGUUUAUCAAGUCUCGGGCUGCAUCAACAACUUUGAUGAUAGCCCCAUUUCGCUUGCGCUUGCGUUCAUCUGGCCGCCUAUAAUUUGCUUACCCGCGUGCUGGUAUUGCGGUCUGGUUCUUCACCGUCUACGCCUAUAUCGAAGCCAAUUCGGGGACAUCCUCAACGCAUCCAACAGCAACAUCAACAAAUCUCGAUUCAUACGGCUCUUUUCUCUAAAUUUCAUCAUGCUCGUCAUCAUAUUCCCGAUCCAAUGCUACGUUGUCUGGCAAAACACGGUCCUCUCGUUUCCCUGGCAUACCUAUACCUGGAGCGCAGUCCAUGGGCCGGAGUGGCAUACGAUCGUCAAGUAUACUACCGGUGGAAAUGCAUUUUUUGACCGCUGGGUCCCUGUUGCCGCAUGCUUUCUCGUGUUUGUCUUCUUUGGUUGCGGUAAGGAUGCCAAUGAGCUGUAUCGGUCGUUCUUGAGGUCGUUAGGGCUUGACCGUUGCUUUGCUUGUCUUGACACGGAGUAUAACCAUCAGACGAGUAUGGCCAGUUCUUCUGGCAGCAAGGUCAAGCUGUUGUUUAGCAAGAACAAGAUAUGGUCCUCUACCUCAAGGUAGGCAGUUCCUCCAUCCGUUCAAAUUGACAAUAUUCUAACAACACCAGAACCCACAUAAACACAAACAAUGCCCCCACAAAUCCCACGAUGCGCCAAUCCUACCAUGACAUCGAAAAAGGCAAGCCUUCA